GAGUGUGUGUAUGUGUUUGUGUAUGUGUGUGUCAGUAUCACUGGCUUGCGAUACGAAGUCUAUUUCGAGCGAGCUCCUCCCUCUUGCUGCUAUUUCUGGCAGGGCGGCAGGACAAUCCGGGGCUCCUGUUUGUACCCGGUUAAGACUAAGAAGUGAAAUAAACGUCACCCAAUACGGGUGGGAAGUCAUCUAGCAGCUUUUCCGAAUACCAGUGGGGAUUUGUUAUCAGUAGGCACGGCAGAAUAAAAAUAUACGUUCCUCUAUAAAAAGCUGCCAGCAUCUCAGAGUGCGAUCUUACAUUAAUACUGUGACAACAGUCCAAAGGGACAAUAUUCGAGCACUGUCUUUGAGCGGGCGGAAGAUCCCUAAUCCAUAAUUCAGGUACGUCGUGGUCUACAAAGGUGACUGCAGUGCACGGACAGAAUCGGAGGGGUGUUUGUCCGGCGGUGCAGGACGAGAGGUGGAUUGAAAAGGCAGACCUUCGUCAGGCAGCAUCUCUCGUAUGCAGGGUGGUGUGUGUUUGUGUGCACCCCCAUUGGCAGCAGUGGGGUUCGAACGUUGUCCUGAGUGUUUGACAGCGAUAGAGUGCACCUCCCACUAGGGAGCCCUGUUCUGUCAAGAUAGUAACUUUGCAGUUAUUAGUUACUUCUUGUAAACUUCAUUGAACGCGACGAGUAAGGAGGAACAGGAAGACGCGCCCGUUUCUGAAGGGCUACUGUCUCUCUCCGUGGGACAAUAUCUUGGCGAUCGCUGAAUGGAGUAGGGGGCUUCUCAUCGGGUGCAGCUUACUACUGCUAAAGCUGGAGUUUCAGGCAUUUGGACAAAGGACUGAUAUUUGCAGGUCGCGGUGGCGGCCGAGGACGCUGAAAGUACUGUUGGUUUCUGAUGCACUUGUGAUCGGAUUUCUGCUUUGUAGUGAUCUGCUUGACAUUCGGACAGGAUCCCACAUGCCAACGGUGGUGCUGCACGUUUUUUUGAAAUAGUUCAGAUCAGACGGCGAGCUCCUUACUGAGGCGGUGCAGCAGGUGUCGGUGGAGUCAUCCAGGUUGAUCUGGGAAUUAGAGCUCAGCAACAAGGUGCUUGCUAACUGAGAAGGCAAACGUGGUUGGCACUAGUCCAGUUGCUUUUUUCAAUGUUUGGGCCUGAGCCAGGUGGACCGGGUCCUUUGCCUAAUCACCAGCAACGCGUAUUGUAUCCCUUGCAUCCUUGGACCCUGCAGAUCAGCUCUCCAUGCCAGGCUUGCUUCAAAUGUUAAACACUAUUUAUGAGUCCGAGUCUUGUUUCUCGGCGGCAGAUGGGACCAAACGGAGUGGACCGACCGUAAGAACAGCCCAAGCCAGCCGUUCAGCCGACGCAGCUGAUGUGAACCCCAGCAUAAACCAGAUCUGCCCACAGACUGUCCCCAUGGAUCUCCGCAUAGGUUCCCGUUCAGUGAAGCACACUUCUGAUGCAGCAGUUUACCAGUUCAAGCAUUCACAGCCGUUAUCCCACCCACACCAGUUCCUGAUCAACAGUUUUCAUCCAGCCCUAGGCACACAACCUUCUCAGCAGCAACUUCAUUCACAAGCAAGGGUCAAUAUGGAACAGCAAUAUCCAAGACUAGAAGACGACAAACAGCAUAAUAAUCUACGACAGCUCAUCAACAAGGACAAAAGUCGACAGAGUGCUGUUGCAAGCCAGGCAGUAAAGCAGGAGCUUAAAAAAGUCAUUCUGCAGAAACAGAAGGAUGCUCAACAGCGACACAAUACAAGCAAUGUCAAGAUCCCCACCACUCCGUACAGAGUGCUUGCACCUCGUCCAGAUACUGAAUGCCCACCGUUGGCAGUUCAUUCCCCACCUGUUCAACCAGCUGCUACAAAUGUGGCAGACACCGAAGGAGGGCAGUUUCCAUUACGGAAAACAGUGUCUGAGCCCAACCUGAAAAUGCGCAAUAAACUGAAUCUUGAGCGACGCAAGAGCCCACUGGUAAAGAAAGCCAGUGCACCAUCUAACCUAAAGAGAAAGACAACAAAUGAAGGUGUAGAUUCAUCUCCCAGCAGUAGCAGUACACCUGUAUCUGGAUGUAGCUCUCCAAAUGACAAUAUUCCUUUGCAAAAUGGAGUGUUCUCUUCCAUUCCAGGACUGUCGCAUGAGACCCCCUUGGCUCAACGCUUGAUGAUGCAAGAGGGCACAUCGCUGGUGCAGGUCGCUAUGGCUAACUCACCUCCACUUCCUACCAUUACUCUGGGGCUACCUGCAGCACCUAUGUCAGUGGGAGAUGCUGAACGGAGGGCAUCCCGAGUUACUGGUUUGAAUGGCCCAGUUUUGGCUAGUUCCCACACUCCAGUAAUUGUCUCAGCUGGACUCGACCAUGAUCCCACCAGCCCCUUGUCCCCUCGCCUAAUCAUCUUGGACCAAACCAUUCCUGGUCUUGGACAGAUACCUUUCCACUAUGCACAUCCUGUUGUUACUGUUCCAGGAAACCACAAGCCACUAAUCCGAACGCGCUCUGAACCACUGCCCCAAAACUCAAAAGUCUUACAGCAUCACCUUUAUUCUCCACAGCAACAACAGCAUGCGUUAUUCUUAGAGAGGCUUAAACAACAGACGCAGCAGGAACAGAUUAUGAAGAAAUCCAGUGAAAAAAGACGUUUACAUCAAAUUCCUUCUGAGGAGCUAGAUCCAGAUGAACAUGCAGCAGGAGAAGGAGUAAUUGAGGUGCGAAAACAGCAGAGUGGUACUCCGCCUAGGUGCCCUGAGUCCCAGAGAGGAGUUGUCAGCGAGUCAGAACAGGAUCGAGCUCAGCAGUUAUAUCAGCAGCAACAGGAACUGAUCUUACAGCAGCAAGCCAUUCUUUGGGAACGUCACCAGCGGAUCCAGCAGAUGACAUGGCCGUCCCCAGUGGAGAACAUGGCAGUUCCUUUGAUGUCUGCUGGUCACCGGCCUCUUUCAAGGGCACAAUCUUCCCCUGCUGCAGCUACAGUCUCUCUUCCUGUUCAAGAGACAUCUUCCAAGACACUCCCACUUCCUGUCCCAGAGCCUCCUGCAAAGACUCGAUUUACAACCGGUCUUGUGUAUGACUCAUUAAUGCUAAAGCAUCAGUGCUCCUGUGGUGAUAACAGUAAUCAUCCAGAACAUGCUGGAAGAAUUCAAAGCAUUUGGUCCCGCCUCCAAGAAAGAGGUUUGCGCAACCAGUGUGAGUGUAUUAGGGGAAGGAAGGCCACUUUGGAGGAGCUGCAGUCAGUCCACACAGAACGGCAUGUGUUGCUGUACGGAACCAAUCCACUGAAUCGACUGAAGCUGGAUAACCGAAAACUAGCAGGAAUCUUAUCCCAAAGGAUGUUUGUCAUGCUGGCUUGCGGAGGUGUUGGGGUGGAUAGUGACACAAUCUGGAAUGAUCUACACUCCCCAAAUGCAGCUCGCUUGGCAGCCGGCAGUGUUAUCGAGCUAGCAUUUAAGGUGGCUACCAGAGAGCUAAAGAAUGGUUUUGCAAUUGUGAGACCCCCAGGACAUCAUGCAGAUCCUUCCACGGCCAUGGGGUUCUGUUUCUUUAAUUCUGUGGCCAUCACUGCAAAGCAGCUACAGCAGAAGCUGAAUGUAAGCAAGAUACUCAUUGUGGACUGGGAUGUUCAUCAUGGCAAUGGGACGCAGCAGGUUUUCUACAAAGACUGCAAUGUGCUUUAUAUCUCUCUGCAUCGUUAUGAUGAUGGAAACUUCUUUCCAGGUAGUGGGGCACCUGAAGAGGUUGGCAGUGGGCCUGGUGAAGGAUUUAAUGUCAAUGUGGCAUGGACUGGAGGUGUCGAUCCCCCCAUGGGAGAUCCUGAGUACCUUGCAGCAUUUAGAUCAGUGGUGAUGCCUAUUGCUCAUGCCUUUUCACCUGAUAUUGUACUUGUGUCAGCAGGAUUUGAUGCAGCAGAUGGACAUCCAACUCCACUGGGUGGAUAUAAAGUGUCUGCCAAAUGUUUUGGUCACAUGACACACCAGCUAAUGAACCUGGCAGGAGGGCGUGUAGUUCUUGCCCUGGAAGGUGGUCAUGACCUCACUGCAAUCUGUGAUGCAUCUGAAGCCUGCAUCUCUGCUUUGUUGGGAAAUGAGCUGGACCAAUUACCUGAUGAGGUAUUAAGGCAGCGACCAAAUAUCCAUGCUGUCCGUUCCCUGGAAGCCGUAAUAGAAGUACAAAGUAAAUACUGGAAGGUAGUGCAGCGAUUUGCUCCCACUAUAGGGUGCUCAUACUUAGAAGCCCAAGCACAUGACAGAGAAGAGGCUGAAACUGUCACUGCAUUAGCAUCGCUAUCUGUUGGGGUAACCCAAGCAGCCACUCAGCAGAAAAGGUCUCAGGAGGAGCCAAUGGAAGAGUAGCAACUCAGCAGCCCUGUGAUGAGAUGGCCUGCACAAGGAAGAAUAUACUUCAUUUAUAUUCUCUGAUAUUUCUUGUAUCACCCAAAAAUAACAGCGCUCACCUGUUAACGGGCAGCUCACAUUUUAAUCAGAUGGUGCAUGCUAGAACUCAGGAGGACCAAAAUAAAGAUGUUACAAUUCUUAUACUCACACAAAUACUUGGUCUUAAAAAAAUGUAUGUAUUUUGCUGUUUAUUCUUGGAAAAGAUUUUGAUACUCUGGAACCAGAAUUUUCUGUCCAUCAAAAGUAGACUGAAGUAUUGUUCUAUUCUACCAGCAUACUCUGCACUCCAAAGUUUCCCCAGACCCUGCCUCUCACUGAGGGUGGUAACUUUGACAUAAAAUGAAUGGAUGUCGAACAGGAACGUCAAAAAUCGGGAGUCGUAUCACAAAGAAAGGCUUUAUAGCUGUUUUUGACACAAAUGGCUGAAUUCAUGUGCCUUAAAGCAAUAUUCGUAACUGGCCACCGAGCUAAGCAGAAGGCUAAUGCUUUUUUUUAACACACACAAAUUUGCAGUUAUCUUGUUUCUGAGUGAGAACAAUUAAGCAUGGUCAAAGAGAGGGGACAAAGACCACAUGAAUAUUUUGUUUUUAUUGUAAGCGACUAUGAGGCAUAUGACACUGCUUUGAAGUUACUCUGCAUCUCUGAAGGUCUACCAUGCUGGAAAGAACCUCGAAGUUUUAGAUUUGGCUUUCACAGUAGAACCCAGUCCUGAAUCAAUUUUGUCAGAAUGCAUGGUUGAAAUGUCUGCAUAGCAUAGACAAACAGAGUUCAUCUUGUCAUUUAAAAGGGGAAGAAAUGUUAUUUGAACAGGUAAAGCUACUGUGAAGGACAGAGGGCUCAAAUUAUGCUUGUUGCUCACCAGACUAGAAGUUCAUGAAAUACACUCCCAAAAAUGACAUCACAGGAUCUAUUGAAUCCUUAGGGAACUGAAUGUCUGUCCUUCAUUGUUGUUAGCUGAUCUGUUACUUUGCACUAUACAUGCAUUCCAGGACAAUGUGAACAAAGAACACCUUUUUUAAAGAACAUGGAUACAAGUCUUUCUUCAGUGGGUCUUUCGAAGUAGCCACUAACAUUUUCCCCACUUGAAGAUUUCUUGCCCAGAAACUUUUGUGGUGUUAUUUUUUUAUUUGCUGUUGUUUAUUGAAGUCACUUAAUUUGAUGAACAUUGUUUUGCAUUUAUUUUCUCUUUCAUGUUGAAGGAGAAGUCUAGUGAAAUGCAGAGCAGAUUUGAAUCACGGUAUUUCUGAUUCUGAAUGUAAUAUACAUUUUUUGUGUGGAAGGACAUUUCGCAGGCUGGCGCUGUUUCUGUCCAUUUUGGAAGUCCAUUCCAGACAGUAACUACCAGUUUUGUUUUUUUAAUGCACUUGGACAUUUGUAUUAUUUUUUCCAGUGUGCUAUUGCCUCUUGGCUGUGAUCAUUUUUGUUUUAUGAUGUGAACUUAACCUUUCUUGUGCAAAGUUCGAGGGCUAUUUUUUGGGAAAUCAGGGCUUGAAAAAUAUGUUGUAUAUAAACUAUGACCAGGAGCAAUAGUGAAAUGAUUUUGAAGGAGAUUCUGUGUACAUGCAAAUCCCAUAAUCUUCAUUCUUUUAUACUAGGCAUGACGUUCUUCUGGCCUUCUUUUCAAUUAUAAAUUUAUAUUUUGCAAAUAAGUGGGACUGGGAAAAGACUCUGCUAAUCAUUCUAAGACGAACAAUGAUUCACAUUAUCUCUUUGUAUAGGCUAAUAUUUUUCAUGCUACUGACCUCUUUCAAAAGCCUUAAUAUAGUUCAGACUGGAAAAAAAAGUAUAAUGGGAAAAAUAAUCUGUCAUGGAACUCUGAUCUGAAUAUCUACCAAAGGAAGUUGACUGUUAGUACAUGUAAGAUUUGGGAGGGGGGGGUUACAAUUUGUCCACUUAAUAGAUUUUCAUUGACGUAUCUAGUUUAUCUGUCUUCUGUUGUCAUUUGGCAAACUUUCCUUUUGCAUUGUCUUAAAAUGAAACUAUACAUUGGAAAACACAUUCCAGUAAUUGCCCUGUGGUCAACAUUUGUACAUUAGAACAGCCUUCAAAGACCCAAAAUGUUGCAUUGUCUUCAGCUAUAUGAGUGACAGGGGAAUUGUUAGUGAUUUGCUGCACUCUUAUGAGAAGCUAGAUAAACGUGACCAAAUUUGGAUACGUUAUGACUGACCAAAAAGAUAUCAGAAAGUAUAGUUGCAAAUCUACCCCAGAUGAUAUAUAGCAUUUUUAAUUAAGAAUGUCUUCAGGGAAAGAAAACCUUGACAUUCAGCAUGCAAAUAGAAUGAUCUCGCUAAGGCCUUAAGUGCCUACUGCACAGAGAACCGUCAUAGCACUGCUGAGACACUCCAUGUUUUAAGAUCCACAGACUGAUCAUGCGAAAUGAUAUGUUUCCUUCUAGGUGUAUAUAGGAGUAUGUCAUUUUGUCUAAAGGAGGCUUGUAUAAAUAUGUGUAUGUAUGUAUGUAUGUAUAUAUAUAUAAAAUAUCUAUGUGUGUUUUGUUUAUUUCAACAUUUAAUUGUCUUUUCAAAUAUGUUGACAGUGCUGGGAGGUCAUUUAUAAGUCUGCAUGGUACUUUUCUGUACUGGAUGCUAUAAGAACUACAUUUUCCAUAGUCUGUUCAGACAAGAAGUGAACUUGUUUUGUUUCUCGUAUCAAUUUGCACUUGUUCUGGAAGACAAAUGUCUUUUUUUUGUCAUGCAGAUGAAGCCUGGAUUGUCAAGUAACAGAUCACUUUUAGUAAGAAGUCAUUGCUUCUCUCGCACAGCAAGGUCUUCAGUCUGAUUAUGACAGUUUGCUAGGUUGGGGGGGUGGUCAGGUGUCAGAGGCUGUCGACAUUUUACUGGGAAGGAGUUAAUACGUUCAUACCAUGUAUGAAGGAUUUGUACUUCCUCAUUACUAUUCAAGUACUAGACUUUCCUGGUUCUUUCUUAGGUGCUGAGUAAGGAUACCUUCUUGUACUGCAUUAAAUGUCAUGUAAUUAGCCCACAAUGCAAGUGCUAUGCACUAAGUCCUAGAAGUUGAUACAUUGCCUUUUGAGUAAUAAUCUAUGCAGUUGAAGCCUUACUGGUUUGGGACUUAACCCUACAAUUGGUGCUUUUUCUUUUUGGCAUGUCACCAUGCACUUAUCCUGUUGGUCCUGUAUGUACACUAGACAUUGUAAUGGUUUCAGCAUGUGCUGUGCAGGUGAUGCAUUAGCUGCUGCUUUGUAUUUUUCCCUGCAUGUGAUACAGUACCUUCCUUCUGUGCACCUGACUUUGCACUUAAGAUAUUACCUUUUGUACAUGCACUAGGCUCUGCAUGUCAUAUAUUACCUGCUGUGCACCUGACUUUGCACUUAAGAUAUUGCCUUUUGUGCAUGCACUAGGCUCUGCAUGGCAUAUAUUACCUGCUGUGCAUUUGGCUUUGCAUUAGAUGUGUUGCCUUCUGCACACUGCGCCUGUCUAGUUGCAUGUCAUAAACCAUGCACAAAGUCUGGCUUAAUGGUGCAGCACCUCUUUGCACUAGAGCUUGCAGAUCAUGUGUAAUUUACUGUGGAUCUGGCAACCAUGCUGAUGGGGAAAUUACCGAGCAUCAUCCUGCAAGUUAUGCAUGAGGCUGCUCUACUGGUUGUACACCAGUUGCUGAGCAAAUUGCUCUGCAGAUGAUCUAUUAGGCUGUACUACUGAUGAAACAUUUGCUGAGUACAUUGCCUUGCGGGUGAUGCAUUAUACUGCAUGGAUGCCUACCCAGUUGCAGAACACAUUGGCUUGGAGUGACAAUUAUGCACCACUGCUGAUUAGCUAAUUGCUGUACAACUGUGAACUGGUACAUUCUUUGAAAUUUCACUACAGUGUGCCCAGGUAAAUAUCACCUAUUGUUCAACAAGUCUAUGCAUUAACUGCAUUGAACUAGGCCCGUUGUUCAUAUAUGUCUGGGAUGUGGUACUGACAGGCAAAUCGGAGGGCAUAACAUUCCAUCCUAGGUAAGACUUUACAACAUCCAUAAUAUGUAGUUUCUGCUUCAAACAGCUCGCUGUUUGGUCUUAAAAAAUAUUGAUUUAGUUUUCCUAGCUAAAGUCUAUGCCUGUUGACCAAUUUAUAACCCAUGGAAAAGUAAUACAUAGGUGCUUCAUGGAACAGUGCCAAGGCAAGACAGAUAUUUAAGUAGUGAAGAUAUAAAGAUGCAGCAAAUUAGUGGAAGAGUGAGAUUGUCCUUUUUAACAGAAAAUUUGACAAAGUGCAGUGUGGAGUGGAGAAGUAUUGCAGAAGCAUAAAUGAUGUCCCAGCAACAGUACUUUCAAAACAGACUAUCCUUUUACUGUUCUGAAGUCUUAAUCUUGUUUACUGAAAUGGAAGAAGACAUGUUUUGUAGUAACUGUUAGAUGGUGUGUGUUUUUGCAAGGCAUACCCCCUAGAGUAAAUGAACAGCAUGGGGUGUACAGACAUAUUUUUACUGAACUGCGAUGGAGAGUUAAGCAGUCUGAGAGAGGGAACAAAUGCUAUGAAAUGGUAAAAAAGAAUGCUGUAAACUGAUUGGUCAAGAACAGACUGUAGCUGGACUUUCUUUUCAAUGUUACCUUAGUUUAAAUUAAGUUACAGGACUUUUAAUAAAAAUGGCUGUUUCAGAAUUGCAGUGUAGGGGUUGCAGUAUUGUGUGAUAACUGUACUUGGAUGCCUGAAACCCUUGGUUGUGUCUCCUGUUCUUUGCUCAUGGCAGGCUAUCAGCCACCUGUAACAUGCCCCAUUAUUCCAUAUUGCUUGGUAGCAUACUAGAAUUUAUAAAAUAGGAAGUAUUUAAUUUUAUAUUCAGUGAUAUAAAUUUUGCAAGUACAUGGGCCUAUUUCUGUACUGCUGUGGGCUCAGCCUUUUCAUUUGCUUCAAUUCACGGCAUGUCUGGAUCAGUUAUGGUACCUUGGUAAAAGUAAACAGGAGACCGUGACCAGUUGCUGUCAGUAUGUUGUGCAGGAUCUUUUGGAUCUGGUGAAGCACUGGGCUUUUUCUGUGGUACAGUUAAUCAUUGAUGAUGUUUCUACAUUCUGUGUGGUACUGCCGUUUAGACAAUGCUACGACCAAGUAACUGCCUGAAUAAAAGCACUGUGUCCAUACUUUACUGUCAGAAUUUACAUUUUUACAACUAAGUGAAAUAUACUUUUAACAAUUAGGCCACUCUUGGUGGAAAUGCACUGCCAUUGUACAAAUCUGGCCUUAAAAAUGGGAAGCCAUGUAAUAGAUAACAUAGUUGUACAACAUAAAUUUAUGCAUUUGACACUCAUCACUGUUUUUCUCCAGCACUCAAACGAUUGCCUGCAGUCACUGUGCCAUGACACAGCUUGUGUUUUGUCUGUUUUUCUCCUCUCUUUUACAGAUUCCUUGUACGUCUGUAGUAGUUUUUGCUUUUCCUUUGGCUUUUAGCCCAUCUACUAGCUGCAUCGGUACUAUUUCCUUUGGUUUAAGGUGCAGAAAAAUUAGAGUAGGUAUGUUAUACCAACAUCAAGCUCUACAGCACUUAAAUCACUUCAGAUGCCGCAGUACCCAUAGUGAAUUGUAUAGCAUCAGGUUGCAAGUCUUGUACCAGUAUUUUCCAGUUUAUAUUUUAGAAGAGUUGUUACUGCACUUUUGUCAUUUUAUGUAGAAGAGAUGCAUGCACUCGAAGAAUUGAAUACUUCUAAAAUAUUACUUUGCUGUGUGUGCUUUGAGGCUUCCUUCAGAUUGUCCUCCCUUGGCAUUUCAGAGGAACAAUAUUACAUCUUAAGAGUCUACAGUGAUAGCUGUUAGCAUAGUCAGAGGCCUAUAACCUUGUUCUGAGAGUGAAAUGUCUUGAAACAAUAGUAAAGAGUGCAGGGCUAGGGUGGAACAUUGGAUCCUUCAGUUUGUCACUUCUGGAAAUCAGAAUGAAAGUAGGUAUCCAAGGGAUGUGCCACUAUUACUAGAUGGUUUCUUCUUAGUUAAGCAACAGUGGACAGCUGAUGGUAUAUGCCUUUCAACUCUGUCCAAGCCUACAAAACAAUUCGUGUAGAUUCAUUAACUAGGAAAUAUUGAGUGCUGUGUUACGAAACAUGUAAGUACAUAUAGUGCCUGUUCCUUGCCCAUAACUCUUGUAGCAGUGGAAGUAAAAGAAGCAAAGUCCAGCAGUUUCAAAUCUGUGAGAUCAGAUGGUGCUUCCCUCUUCAGUUCAUUCCAGUCUACGUCUCUGCUCUGAUGUUGUAUUUACAAACUGUUCUCCUGCAAGUGCUCACAUGUCAUUCCGGGCCUUUCCAUUUCCAUUGUUUGGUCAAAAAAUGUCUGUAUUGUGUUUGUUUCAUGGCCAGUGCUGGUCUUCCAUCCAGGAUAACAGUACUUUUGUUUUAUAAGUAAAGUUUGCAUUACAAGUUUUGUAAAAGGUAUGUGUAGGGCCUUUAAUUUUUCAACUAAGCAGCCCAUACCUUUCUGCCCUAUUAAAAGAGUUAAGUGUUUUACACGUUUUUUCUUGUUGGGGUUUUUAAAAUGGUGUAACAAAGAUUUUUUGUAUAAAAUGCAUUUUCUACCAUUUUAAUAGCUCUUCGCACCUUGUUCCGUGAAGGGAGGUGGGUGUCUAGGAGCAGUAUUUGAAGUGGAAAUCCUUUGUGUUACCUGAAACAGAUGACUUAAGUCUUAUUUUUUCAUGAUGACUGCACUGGAUAUAGCAUUGUGGAUUUAAGGAAAUAAAAGGAAAAUGUACUAUUUUUUCAUAUACACUUGUAAUAAAAUUUUCAUUGGAAACACAA